AUGUCGCAAGAAGCAUGCACCAGUGCAAGCCCGAUACGUUGUCUCAUCUUUGAUGUGGACGACACUCUCUAUGAUGUCGGGACAGGUUUCACAGCCCACCGCAAUGGCGACGGUGCAGAACUGUUCAUGGUGGAAAAGCUGGGAUUCCCUGACCGCGCUUCUGCCAAGACGGUUCGAGAUUUCUACUUCGAAAAGUAUCACAGCACCGCCAAAGCACUUACUGUCGCACAGAAGGAAGGAAAGCUUCCUGAGGGAGCCCCAACCUUUCAGGCAAAAGAUUUGGCGGAGUAUUGGGCCACGAAUCUUAACUUUGACCUACUAGGAGACCCAAAGACACAAUUCUUGAAAGACCUACAAGAUUCACCUCUCAAGCUAGUUGCUUUUUCCAAUGGUCCCCGCAAGUACGUAACCCGCGUUUUGAAACAACUGGGACUGUGGCAAGUAUUUGGGGAGGAGGCCCUCUUUGCUGUGGAUGAUGUCCUCCCUUUCUGCAAACCAGAAAAGGAAGCCUUUGAAAUCGUUUGUAACAAGAUCAACGUCAAACCACAUGAGUGUGUCAUUGUCGAAGACAGCAUGAAAAACAUACGCAAAGCAAAACUACUGGGCCUCAAAACCAUACUCGUCGCAGGGAAAGGAAGAAAACAGAGCAGUCGCUCCGAUACUGCUACCAGUACUGCGACUUCCAAUGGUGCCGGUGCCGGUGCCGAUGCGUCGGAACUGACCAAGCCUGGUGAUGCUCCCAUUGAAGAUGAUCCGGCCGUGGAUCUUUGUGUUGAAGUCGUGGAAGAAAUGAGGACUGCACUACCUGGGCUCUGGCAAACACCUGCUACCUUGACAGGAUAG